AUGUCCGACUUUUCCUCGGAACGUCCAAACACCCGAGGUCAGCUCACUGGAGGGUUCAUGGAGUUUCCACUAGCUUUUGUACUAUUUCAAGAGGAUCUACCGCAUUCUUUGCAAGCCCCAGUCGGCUUCGGCCGUUUCCCCGCAUAUGUUCGGGGUGUCGAUCCCCUUUCACAGUUUUGUCCUGGAAACACGCUGGACCAGCUUCCCAAAAUCUUCCUAUACGCGAGCUGCUCCUCCUCACCCACUACCUCCGCCUCAACACACCUCAAAGCCCUCGCUCAUCACCCCGGAACAUCCCAACCCUCUACGUCCACUCCUCUCCAUCAUCACCUUCUGCUAAUUCCGGGUUCAAAGGGCGUUGAUAUUUUGAGUGCGAAAGGGAGGAUACGACCGUCUUAUCCCUCCCAAAUACUGGAGAAAGAUGGAGUGGGGACCAUGGAUGAUAAGGACGAGUACAUGUACGCGUGGAGAACUGCCAACUGCCUCCUCAAAACGAUCAAAACUUUCACGCCACCCUAUACGCCCACAUAUGCCGUCCUCGACCUCGGUGGCCCCUCUACGCUAAAUCGUGUUCGAGCUUGUGUUCACGUCCUCGGAUAUGCAGCUCGAGGAGGGAGAGCACAACUACGAUCUGCAGAUCAGUGGCCGCAGCUAUGUGUUGUAUCAGUACUCGUAUUUUGGGGUUCGGCCUCAUUCAUGCACGGACACGCUAGUGGACUUGAUGUCAACGUUUCAGGGUAUGAAGCCGAAGGUGGUAGGGGGGAACCCGUGUCUUGCGAAGGGGACACGGAGAAUAAGGACGAGGCACUGGACGUUAAGAGGAAGGCGACGAUGGAUGGAUGGACAUUAGGUCUUUCGAUGCAUGUGAUCAGGUCAUGCAGCUUGUGUCGGCGAAAGACGUGUUUGAUCUUGAAGCUUGACCACCAUCAUGGGCUCGUCCUCGACCAACAUAUCCAACACGUCGCGCAGUCUACAGGGCCGCCAGCUAUCGCUCUCAAUGGCUUUCCACCCUCAAGACCUCACAGCAAUACCGAGCUCCAAUCACCUGGGCUUGGCUAUUCCUCCAGCGCUGCUGUUGUUGGACGUUACCUCACGUCUUCUCAACUCCUAUUCGCCUUGGAUGCCGUAUCAUUGCCGCGGUGUUGGAUAAUUGCACAGAGAAAGCCCUGGCGAUUCGGCUCGGACGACAUGCCACAAAUUCGACAGCCAACCAUCCUUGUACAUUGCCCCUGUUGUGCAAGAAGAGGACCCACCACCGUCCUCUGUCAAACACUCAUCACCACCAUCAGACACCCAUCACCACCAUCCACUUGCGAGGCUAUGGUCGUCAACCAUCCAGCAGCCACAGACCAAUCGGCGCUCCAGCCACCCGAGUUCACCGACCUUCUUUCAGCGCCAAUUAUCACAACUUCUCACCACCUCCCACAAGGCGCAUCGUUGACUGAACCGCAGACGACUCACAUGUUCCUCGAUCAGGCGACUCAUCCCCCUUCCACUCGUCCGAUGACUUUCUAG